AUGGCAGACAGCAGGAUAGGCGACUUACAGGAGUUGGAGAUGGCGCGGCGCCGAGAGGGCUACUUUGCGGAUAUUUUUAGGGCAGAACGGCCGGGCGACGGGCAGCGAGCGAGCUACGACAGCGGGCGGGUGCCGGUGCAGCGGGUGGAGGAGCUGCCCUGCGAGGCGCUUCUGGCGGAGAUUGAGGACGACUUUCGGGCCGCGCUGCAGUACGAGCUGCAGCGCGGGUCUGAGGCGGCAGCUGUGGUGGACGAGUACGGGUACGAGGCCGCGGCGCCUGCGGGGGAGGCCGGCGAGAUGCUGCCCCCGAGCGGGGCGUUGAUGUCCUCGUACACAUACCAACAUGCUGCGUCGUUAGAGGCGGGGGUCGGCGAGGCGCCGCACCUGCCGGGCGGGCAUUGCAUGGCAGCUUCUCCGCGGACGCCCGUACACGCCAGCCCGCAACGCAUGGCCGGCUAUGCUAACGGUGAGCGCACGGAGCAAUGCGACCCCUAUCUCGUGCGCGGGAGAGCGCCAGAAGAACACUCCGGGGCUGUCUACGAGAUCGAAUCGCCAGUGACGCCACCACAUUCCUAUAUCAAACGUUCGCCGCGGCAAGGACUUUUCCCCAAGACAAACGGCAGAGAUGCGCCCGCCGCAGAAGCCUAUCCGAUAGCGCAUAACCCAUCCUCUGGGUACACUACACGUGCAGGCUCGUUUACGACAGCAACGUUGAAAAAUAUAACAUCUACUUUCCAGCACAAGCGGAAGGCCGCCACGGGCAGAACGAUCCCACAGAAGUAUAGCCCUUCGUCAUCGGCGUACGAUGUCCAGCAGGCCGCACAAUCGCAUGCCUCAUCAAGCGGGGUUAGCCGGGCAUCUACCACCGGGCCUGGCAUCCGCACGCGACAUUCUUCAGCGUCGUUGAACGGCAGCAUUCCCAACAGAUAUGCACAGUCGACGCCGACCCUCACGCAAAAUAAGAACUACACACAGCAUCACCGUUCGAGCUCGACGAUAUAUUCUAAACACGUCAUUGCGUCUAGCUCCAUGAAAAGGCCAUUAGUAUAUCCCGCGAUGUUAUCGCGUGUAGCCACCAGAUUCAAGAAGACCAUCCAGCUGGGCGAGCACAAAAAAGACGGGCUUCUAUACAGGGAUGCAUUUACCGGGCAAGAAGCCGUGGACGCACUAUGCUCCAUCAUUAGGACCUCUGACCGAAACCUAGCGUUGCUGCUAGGCCGUGCUUUAGACGCUCAAAAGCUCUUCCAUGACGUUGUGUAUGAACAUAGGUUACGGGACUCACCGAAUGAGGUGUAUGAGUUUACUGGUAACUCUCGGAUAAUCGGAGGUACAGGGAGUAUGGAUGCAGCAGCAGCAGCUGUGUCUAUGUACGCGAUGGAUGCUGGCUCCACUGACCCGACGCUUCUAAAAUCGGCUAACUCAGUUUUAAACAACCAACAUGCCUCCGUGUGUACCACGUCCACCCUUUACUCUUCGACUUCGACGAACAGCGAUCCGCAGUUUUUAAAUGAACAAGUUGACCCUGACACAUUGCAUGGCGUAAACGGCGUUUUUACCCUAUUGGCCGAGUGUUACUCCGCCACAUGUACACGUGAUAAGCUAUGCUAUUCGAUUUCAUGUCCUCGAAGGUUGGAACAACAGGCGAGAUUGAAUUUGAAGCCCAAUGGGGGGCUGCAAAGAAACAUCUCACUUGCCAUCAAUGACGAUGAAGAGGAAAAGCCGUCAUGGGCGAGUUCCGUGGAUGAAUCUAUAUGGAGUAACCUAUCCAAGACGGAGAUUAAGAGACAGGAGGCUAUUUACGAGGUCUAUAUUACGGAGAAGAAUUUUGUUAAGUCCUUGGAGAUUUUAAGAGAUACAUUUAUGAAGAAAUUGGCAGAAACAAACAUUAUUCCGUCUGAUAUUAGGAAAAACUUCAUCAAGCAUGUGUUUGCGCAUGUGAACGAUAUAUACUCCGUCAAUCGGAGGUUUUUAAAUGCAUUAAGUGAACGACAGAAGGCAUCCCCCAUCGUUGAGGGUAUAGGAGAUGUCUUUUUGAAAUUCAUUCCGUUUUUUGAACCAUUUGUGUUAUAUGUGGCAUCCAGGCCGUAUGCCAAAUAUUUGAUUGAAACACAGAGGUCGGUAAAUCCGUAUUUUGCGAGGUUUGAUGAGGACUUGAUGAACUCAAAAUUGCGGCAUGGUAUUGAUUCCUUCCUUUCGCAAGGUGUCUCGAGACCGGGCAGAUACAUCUUGUUAGUUCGAGAGAUAAUGAAGUCUUCUGACCCUGAGAAGAACAAGCGUGACUUGGAGAGCCUCACGCGCGCGAUGGACGCAUUGAAGGAUUUUAUGAAACGUAUAGAUAAAGCUAGUGGUAAUGCCCAGGAUCGGCACGAUGUCAAGUUACUAAAACAGAAGAUACUUUUCAAGAACGAGUAUGUUAAUAUGGGGCUAAAUGAUGAGAAGCGUAAGAUUAUGCACGAGGGGCUCCUAUCCCGUAAGGAGCUAACGAAGUCAGAUAGUACUGUCGCUGGCGACAUCCAAUUCUAUAUGCUAGACAACAUGCUACUCUUUUUGAAAGCGAAGCCAGUCAACAAAUGGAACCAGCAUAAAGUCUUUCAGAGGCCUGUUCCUCUUCCUUUGCUGUUUGUGUAUCCAGGUGAGGAUAUGCCACCCCUCAAGAAAUACGUGGGCAGCCGGCCGGACGCAUCGGGCCAGGUCAUAUUCCCGGAUAACUACAGCCCGGAGGGCAACCCCAAGAACGCCGUCACAUUCCUGUACUACGGCGCGAAACACAGAUUCCAGAUUACCUUGUAUGCCGCCCAGUAUGCCGCCAUCCAGACGCUCCUGGACAAGAUCAAUAAGGUGCAGACAAAGCUCAUCACCAGCAAUGAUAUUUUCAACGUGACGAAAAUAAGCGACCGCUUCUUCGACUACUCCAACAAGAUCAACAGUGUCGCCUCCUGCGACGGCGGCCGGAAGUUGCUCAUUGCCACAAACCAGGGCCUAUUUAUGAGCAACAUCCGCCGCGAGAAGGCUCCCGGCUCGGAGAAGAUUGCAACCCACUUUUCGAUGCCCAUCCGGAUCGUGCAGCGCAGCAACAUCACUCAGAUCUCGGUCAUGGAAGAGUUCCAGUCCGUGCUCAUGCUCGUUGACAAAAAGCUCUACAGCUGCCACUUGGACCUCCUUCUCCAAGGCGACAGCGGCACCCAGUACUUCAAGAAGCACGCCAAGGAGGUGGUCAACCACGUCAACUUCUUCGCGGACGGCGACUGCGACGGCAAGCGCAUCAUCGUCACCGCGCACUGCUCCGCGCACACCAUCAAGUGGUUUGAGCAUGAGCACCCGCUCCUCAUGGAUGGCAGCCGCCGUGGCAUGAAGCGCAAGAUCAAUGAGGUCCAGUUCGACUCCGAACCCGUCUCCAUCUCCUUCCUCCGCCUCAACCUCUGCAUCGGCUGCAAGAAGGGCUUCCAGAUCGUCUCCAUCUCCCAGAACGCCCACGAAACGUUUCCCGACCCCGCAGACACCUCUCUUGAGUUCGCCUGGAAGGACACGCUGAAGCCCAUUGCCAUCUACCGCGUCAGCAGCAUGUUCUUCCUGUGCUACUCCGAGUUCGCCUUCUUCGUCAACAACCAGGGCUGGCGCAAGCGCGAGUCCCACACCAUCCACUGGGAGGGCGAGCCCGAGAAGUUCGCCAUUUGGUACCCCUACAUCCUCGCCUUCGACUCCAACUUCAUCGAGAUCCGCCGCAUUGACACCGGCGAGCUCGUGCGCUGCAUCCUCGGCGACAAAAUCCGUAUGCUGCACUCCUCGUCCCAGGAGACUAUUUACGUCUAUGAGGACGAGCGGGGCUACGACACUAUCGCCUCACUCGACUUUUGGGGAUAG